UACAAAAGUAAGUGUGCGCCGCCCAGGCUGCACACAAAGUUUGGAAAGUCCUGACAUCGUUACAUCGCUGAAUGCGGCCACAUCCUCGCCCCUGGAUUAUAAAGCCUACUUUAUUCGAGUCAGCCACCCUACCUAAAAAACUGGACUCAUCUACGCCUCCGCUGCCACAGUCACUGCUGCUCUGCCACGAGACAAGGACACUUCAACCUCUGCCCGAGUAUCUUCACACCCCAGAGAUCCAGACUCCACCAGCACCUCAAACUUCAACUUUACAGAGAUGGAGGGUCACGUGGCACGGUUUGCCCUUCUUCUGUGCACAGCCGUUGCAGCCUCUGCCUCAAGUCAAACGUGUGAUCCAACGGAGGUUAAUGACAACCCAUGGGUGUACGUGAGCAAGAUGCUAAUUGGCUGUUGGACCAGCUUCAUCACAGAGGACAAGGCAGAGGUCCACAUCCUUAACCUGAACUUUGCUGCCACGGAUGCCAAUAUGUUCUCUCUCGAGAUGGCCGAUGCCAAGCCAAUGAACCUCAUCCUCACAUCGUCAGACACGGCCUAUGGUCUAUACAACGUCAACCCCAAUGUUAACAUUUAUAUAAACAAUGACUCCACAAUUACGCUACAUGCUAAUCACCAUCACAACAAUCUCCACAAAGAAGACUUCCCCACUCAAGACGAGGAGCUGGUCAAGUGGGCGACACAGAAGUUUGGGGGUGUGACUUCAUUCACCACAAUCCGAAAUCUGAUAGUAAUGUCAUCGACGGGAACAGAUGGAACCAAACCUGGCUCUCGCAACUGCAUACUUAAAAAUGAAGAUGCAUUAGAGAAGCACUUUAUGAAGAUUAAAACAGCACCCCUGGCUUCCUCGUUCAAAUCUUGCUCCCCACAGCAGCAGACCCCCAGCGAUGCCGAGCUUCACAUCAUAAACAUCCCAGAGAAUGCCAGCGUUCGCAAUGUGUCACUUCGCAUUGACGCUAUGAAGACUAGUGUGUUCCUGAGAGGCCCUCAGGGCACCACAUGGAUCUUCCUCAACCCACAACACGCCCAUUUUUUUUCCAACAAUGACAUCCUGCUGCCCACCAUCACACACAAAAUCCAGCCUUUGUUUACACUGAACAGCGACAAUGCAGAGGAUGUGCAGAGGACGGCUUUGGAUCACUUCAAAGCCACUACUUUCACCAGCUACACUGAACUCAGACCAGAGGACUCUGCGGUUUUACUGGUCCUCGGAAGAAAAGACAACCCCGCAGUUCUAGAACCAGCAACAACACCCGCCGCUCUCGUCACAACCAAUGCCCCUCAUCAGAUGCCACUGCUGAUGCAGCUAUACACAUCCCCAGACUAUCGUUCUCCCCUGGACUCUAACACCAAGGUGCAGAGUGACAAGAGAAUUUAUGCAGAGAUUUCAGGGCACACUUUAGGGGAUAUUGUCUUGACCAUCAAGGUGAUCAGCUGCUUUGUGCGCUCCACGGGAUCAUGCCCUGUAGAGAAAGAGCUACCCAUCAUGCCAGAGGCCUGCUCUUUAAAUUCUUGUCCCAACAGCACCCGACUCAGCUUCUCCUUAGAUCAGCUCCAAGAGCUGACGUCCACCACAUGGGACCUGGAAUGCUCCGUCAAACUCUGCUACAGUGAGAAAUGUGGAGAUGGAGGAAGAGUGAAGAGGAAUCUGGAGGUUACCCAGCCGUGUCUGCAACCACCAACCCCACCGUGCUUUGAUUUUGGCCUACCUGGUGUCCUGGGCAUUGCUUUUGGAGGGUUCCUGAUUGGAGUUUUACUUAUCGGAGCACUGUGGUUUAUCAGAAUUAAAACAGGGUACCCAACUGGAUUGGACAAAGGCUCAACCGCAGCAAAUCUUCCCGGGUGCCACUGCUCAGGAGCAAAACGACAACCUGUCUCUAACAACCCUUCCCCCUCUGAGAACAGCAGCGCCAACGCAAGCAUUGGAAGCACCCAAAGUACACCGACCAGCAGCAUGGCAUGAGAUUAUGGUAAUCUCCACCACCAGCAGAGCUACCGUCUCCCUUCAAAGUCACCUAUACGGGUUUUGUGCUUUUGUUUUCUUUAAUAAUGCUUAAAAAGCAUUUCUCCCCUCCCUGCCCCAUCAAAUUCUCAUUAAAAAGCACAACCCACGUCUGAGACUCACCAAGCCUGAAAUGGAUGUGAUCUGGGAGUUUGUAAUGGUGGAUCAGGGAAGGAGCUGGGUGACGGAUAACAGAAGUGUAAUCAAUGGCCUCUGAUGCUCACCUCUGCAGCCUCUCUGUAAUGUCAAGCUCCUAGACAGGAAGUUAAAGAGGGCAAGAGAAAAAAAAAUAAAUUGGCUCCCAGCAACAGGAAAAACAAACCAUAUCCCCCAAGAGCUAACAGGAAAUUCACUGCAUUCCAUUCAAUGAAUUGUGCUUGUGUGAUGGCAGCACAAUAAUAGUUAGACAGGAGACAGACCAGUCAAAAGACCGACUUUGAAAAACAGAUGAAAAGCUGUUUUGCAUUCACAUCUAAGCUACAAAAAUACGAAGGGCUUUCGACUAGGUCGGUCCCAAAAGUUAUCAACAACGUCUCGGGGACGGAAAAGCUCAACAUGUUAGGAUCUCAAACCAGUCAAUGAAAUGCUCACUUCAAGGGGUAUUUGUCUUAAUUGGAGUUCGAGGUCAAUAGUUAACAGCUACCUCCUAUUUUUUAGAAGUCUGGAGCCAAGUGUGAACUUAAAACUAGACUUCUCUGGUGAAUUGAUCUUAUUUUCUGCCUUUUUCAAUUUAUGUUUUUAUUCUGUGUCACUUUAGGUGAAUCUUGGAGUUGACCCUCUGGGUCAUUUGUAGCUCAUAAACAUAGCCAUGGUGCCAUUUUUAUGCUAUCCAAUAGCUGUAUCAGGGCCUUCAUAUCAAGGUUUUUUUCUUCCAGUGUUUAUUGAAAGUUACAAAUAUACUUGAUUUCCUAAUUACUCAACAAAACCAAUCCCAAAAUCAGAUUUAUGGCCCAAAGGUUUCCAAUAAAUCAUGAACCAUCAAGGGAAAAAAGUACUUUUAUUUAUGUGAGCUGAGAAGUAAUCACUCCUGUAAUGUACAGCACAGCAUGCAGAGAUACAUGGCUGUAUUCAGAGCUGAGUAAUGUGCCCAUAAUGAGGAGUCAGUACUAAAACUCUGCACAUCAGUCAUCAGACCCCAGACUUAGGUAUGGACUUGAGCGCCACUCAUACAGCUACACCCACAGGGUGGAGUUUCCCCAAAAUAGUCUGUCUGAAGGUGAAAUUCCAGUACUUUUCCUUUGCACAAUGUCCAUUCUCAGUCUGUUACCACUGCCUGAUAAUUUGUUGUAAUCACAAUUUUUCACUAGUAAUGGCAUGUCUGUGGUUAUAUGCACAAACACAUACAUACAACAAGACUCUUAAUUAUCACCCUGUGCACCUACAUGCAAAUGUUCACAGUGAAUAAACCAUCACCUUUGGUGUAUUUAAAGAUGAAGACAUUAAGCAAGUAUAAAGUGUCCAACCUGUUUGCUCAUAUUCAGUGUCUUGUCAUUCAAAAUGUAGCCAGCUACUGCUCUAUCUUUUGAUGCGAGACAAAAGGGAAAUCAUUUUUAGACCUCUAAUGGAUGAUAUGGAUCGAUGUGACCAAACUCCAGAGCCCAGUUGUUCAGAAGUAAUGUGAUCGGAUCAGAUUGGAUCAAAGCUUUAAUGGGUUAUUCAAAAGAAAAAAAAGAAAACAACUCUGAAAUUGUGUUAGAUCACAUAACCCUGUCACAGUUUUGGUUUUGAUUAGAAUCAAACCUCCAGUAUGUGUUGUUCAGAACUUUUUGGUAGGAUUGGGAUCCAAAAAAGUCUGAAUUAUUCUGAUCCCAGCAGGAGAGUGGAUUCGGUGUGGCUUUGAGGAACAAAAUGUAAUAAAACUUUUAAACUUAUCAAGCACAGUAAAGUAAAAAAAAGUCCCCAUAGAACAAUCCCCCCAAAUAGCUGUCAAUAUCAAACCCAGAGCAUUUAAUUUAACUUUUGUUUAUCACAUUAUUUUAAUUACAAUGACACAGUCAGACCUAGUUUCUAACAACCGCAUUCCCCAUGCUGCUUUCUGUCUCUUCUAUUACACUUAACAGUUAAAGUGACCCCACACUGCCUGUUCUUCCUGUUCUCUACAUAGUUAGUAGCCUACAUUGUGAUAUAUAGUCCCAUUCAGCACUGGUUAUCUGUGUUUGGUAAUCUUAAAAAGUUUGUAUGUGGGUCACGAUGAUCCAAUCCAGAGACUGGCACAAAAGUAAGAUGGACUGAUUGGGUGAUCCUUGUUAGCAGAACAUGGGCUCAUGGGAUUUUAAAAUCUGGACCAUUCUGAUCCUGAUUGAUGAUAAGUGUGAUGUUUAAAAAUUAAAUAUUGAUAUCAUGUUAGUAAUACAAAUGUGAUAAAAUCGGGGAAAUAAUCCAGCGCCUGUUAAAUCAUUCCUGUUUCUUUCCAUUCUCGCUUUGUCUCCCUCCCACAACGCCAUCUGGUUGCCUUUUCACUAGCCAUUAAUUUUAAUUGCUCUUUUUGUAUGCUUUGGUGCAGUUAUGGUUACAGACUCUCUCCUCAUCUCACUGCACUUGAAUUUUGAGUGUAAUUCAUUUGCCAAAAUAAAAGAGACAAAAUGCGCCGUAAACAAAGUUAAAGUUGAAUUUGACGGAUAGCAAUAUUAAUAUUUAAAUUUCCAUAUAUAAUCGCGAUAAUACCCGUAUCAUGAACUCCUAUAGUCUUAAUAAUUGUGAAGUGAAAAACUGAUAUUUUGCCAGUCCCACUUUAGGUACAAACAAUAGGCUUAAAUAUUCCAUAAUGAAAUUCACAUUUAAUUAGUUUUUUCUUUUGCAAAAAGAAAUUAAAUCUGUAAGAUUUAAAACAAAUGUUUGGGCUACAAAACCCCAUUUCCAGUGGAAAACUGGCAACCUCAGUCAUGUUGACUGUGCAUAUGUAGUAUUGAGAUAUAUCUGUAUUUCCAAAACUGAGUUAACACCAGCAAGCUCCCCAGCCUUUCCCUUAAACUUUGCGCAUAAGUCACCAGCUCUGAAUACAGCCUAUUUGGUUUAUAUAGUAUAAUCAAUAGUAACAACAGAACAUUCAGUUGUGCUUUAAUCCCAUGAAGACUGCUUUCAAAAUCCAGCUCUAGCUUUAUUUCCAGCUGUCACAUGGCAAUAAAAUGGAAACUGUCACUUGACAGUAAAAAGUUUCAGUAACACUUUACUUGAAUGUAUCUACAUAAGAGUGACAUGACAUUGUCAUAACUAUGACAUGACAUGGUCAUGAACCUGUCAUGAACAUUAUGUACAUUUCAUAAACGUUUAUGACUGCUGUCAUUAAGUGUCAUUCGGUUUUUGUAAUGACAAGUUGACAUUAAGUUUGUUUGGGAUGUCCUUAUAAUGACAACUUGACAUUAGCCAGGAUGACAUUACCAGAUGUCUUUGUCAUAACAACUUGACAUUAACAAGAAAUGCACCUCUUCUUGUGUUUAUGACAAGUUGACAUAAUGAUUAUUAUUGUUAUGACAAAGACAUCUUGUGGUAAUGUCAUCCUGGUUAAUGUCAAGUUGUCAUAAUCAAGACAUCCCAAACAAAUUUAAUGUCAACUUGUCAUUAUAAAAACAGAAUGACAGCAGUCAUAAACGUUAAGACAUGUACAUAAUGUUCAUAACAAGUAUAGUGUAUAGUUAUGACAGUGUCAUGUCACCCUUAUGUAGAUACCUUCAAGUAAAGUGUUACCAAAGUUUCUUGUUCAAAUUAGUCAACGUCUGCUCUUUACAUUUGAUAGGCUGCAUCAGCCACUGCAGUGCUAAUGCUAGACAGAAGCUCCACAGAUGCAUAAUGAGGGCUACAGCUGCAGAGUGACGGUUGAUCCGUGAACCCAAUAUUUGUUUCAAUGUACAAAUGUAAAUGUAUUUUAUAUUUUUUAUCGCCACUCUUUACCUCUUUAAAAAUAUUCCCAUCGCACGUCAAGUCCUGUGGUGUAAAGUGAGCAAUCUGUAUUUACUUGCUUUAACACAAGCACCAAAACUGUGACGUUAAAAUGUUUCUUUAUAUACAUUUGACACACUGAUUAUGAUUUAACAUGCAUAUAUAUUCACUCACCUUCUGAUUUGGUUCAAAAAUAAUCUAUUUACCAUCAAACCUAAUCUCAAAAAUAUUUUCCAAACCAACUGCAUUUGUAAAAUGUCUCCGAAUUGUAUGUGAGCUGUGUAGCUUAUUACCCCCCCUCUCUAACUCAGCGUGUAUGUGCAUGUACGUUUCUCUGUGCAUGCCUCAUUUUCUUUGUGUAUUUGUGUCGAGACAGAGAACAAAGAGGGCCAGUACAAAUUGCCACUUGAGUAUUUGUGCAAUAUGAUGAGAUAAACUUGUAUGAAAUGUCCAUAUGUAUUUUUUUUCUACCAUGUUAUUUUUUUUUGUAAGUGUUGUAUGAUAUUCUUACUUUGAACCAUUUUCUUAACAUAUUUUGAUCCUCUACGUAUUUGGAGAACUGGGACAAUUCCUAAUCAAGGCACUUAUCAAAUGCAUAAGAUUUGUUUUGUAUUGUAAUCUUUGUUUUUUUUAUUCUCUUAUAGAUUUGUGUUCCGAUUACAUUGUAUUCACAGACAGUGCGUGUCACCUCACAUGUUAAAGACAGUACAUUUGGCUCGUUGGUUUUUACCUCUGACUUUUGCGCUAACCCUAAGAUUCCCCUUCUGUCCAAAAACAUGGCAUAUCUCUGCUGAUCCUGACAUCCUGACAUUGUAUUGCGCUCAUUGUACUAUCUUCAGUGGGUGUGAUGGGGAAGUACAUUCUGAAAGACGGAAUGUCUCACCGCGGAGAAGCAUCCGAGCGAAAUAUUCAGCACUCACGAACUUGUCGUUUGCAGGGAACAUUCCAAACUUAAAACAGCGAAAAUGCGGUGGUUAGUGAGAACUUUUUCAUUUAAUUUUAGGAUUUCUUUUUUUUUUAAAUGUCAGGUAUUCUGUACCUUUGCUAAAGCAGCCCCGGUGAUGGACAGGUUCUGUCUGAGCACUGACAGUAAAAUCAGACAGGCUGCCACUUAAUUCCCUUGUUAACCCUGCAGAUCCCUUCGUUACCUCUGACAACAGCCUCCUCCUCCUCAGACACUCUACACAGUUAACGAAAUGUCUGUGUGUCUGUGUAAGGCAGUAAAUGUAUUGUAUGUGUGUGCGUGCUUCUGUGUGUAGGUGUACAAUAGAAUCCGUGCCUUCAUUUAUGUGAGCGGAUCCUUCCUCCAGUCUCUUAACAAUGUCCGAAUUCUGAAUUCUCACCAAGAGAAUCUGAAGCCGUAACAACACAUCAGAAUGUCUGCUUUGAUUUUAGCGAGUAUAAAAUGCAGUGUUACUUUUGUACCAUUUAAAAUGGGUCCAUUUCUUGAGACAGUACUCAACUGAUGUCACUACUAUGUUGUCUCUGAAGAAAUAUACAGUAUGUUUUUGUCCAAAAUUAUCUUAAUAAAGUGAAUAUGACAACCAUC